GUGCAGGCAAGCCCCUCCUUUGCCAUUGAGAGCCUCUCUGCAAGUUUACUUUAGCCCGUUCUCCUCUCUUGCACUCCAAUAUACACGCAUGCACACGCACUGUCAUUCACACUGCUGCGCACGCACGCACGCACACGCAUUCAGUGGUUUUCAGUUUAUCCCGGGACACGCGCACGCACACGGAAGCCGGCUGGAUGCUACUUAGAAGCGGUUGCGGAUGUUCCUAAUUUAGACAUUUUAUUGUGUUUUUCUUGCCCUUUUAUGACAGCGAAAAACUUUGGUUGGACUUUCAAUUCACGGCGUACAUGGAGGACCAAAGCACGUAAUCACGUUCCAAAAAAAGAAAAAAAAUCGGGGACCACGCAGGUUGUUGGAUUACAAAAUACGCAUUUCAUCGGGGAAAUGAAUUCUUUUGUGCUGGACACGUCACUACUCCAUCCGACGAAAGUACUGUAAGUCUGCCACCCAGCGCUAACGUUGAAGACUAAGAUGUAUCCAAGUGUGGGUGUGCUGCUGGCACUGUGGGCCCUGGAGGUUGCCCGUGGCCAGGCUUGCCCUCGAAGCUGCAACUGCUACCAGGCCAAUGAAGUCCACUGUACUUUCCGCUCCCUGCUCACCGUACCAGCCAGAUUGCCUGCGCACACGCGCCGCAUCAACUUGGGGUUCAACAGCAUCAGCAGGAUCCAUGACAGUUCGCUGGCUGGGCUACAGAGGUUAGAGCUUUUGAUGCUGCACAGCAAUGACAUCCACCACCUGCCGGAUGCACUGUUUCAAGACCUGAAAUCACUGCAGAUACUGAAGCUGAGCUACAACAAGCUGACGGAGAUCCCUUCAUCCCAGACUUUCUCUGGCCUGACCUCGCUACUGCGUCUGUACUUGGAUCACAACCACCUCCAAUACAUCCACCCGAGGGCCUUGCUCCAGCUGCCAAGCCUCCGUCUGCUCCGUCUACAAGGAAACAAGCUGCAUCAACUGCAUCCCCACGCUCUCUGCACACUUUCCCUACUGAACACAUACUACUUUUCAACACUCCGACACCUUGAUCUGUCCAACAACAGUUUUAGCACCCUGACCAGGGCCACCGUGCAGACCGCACCGAUGCUGGAAACACUGGCGCUUCAGGGUAAUCCCUGGAGCUGUGACUGCAGGAUGAGUUGGUUCCCCGCUUGGCGUUUAGUUCACCCAGAUUUAAUGAAAUGUUCCGAGGGUCUUCAGUGUCCAACAUGUGAUUCACCAAGUGCUCUUCAAGGGCAAGGCUUGCUUGAUCAGAAUGAUCUGACCUGCAGCUCCCCUGUCAUUACCCUGCGGGGAGAGGAGACGUCUUCCGCGAGGGAACUUGGUGAAAUCCAAUCAAGUGAAUCUUUCAGAGAGCCUUUAGGCGCCGCUUCACUCGGCCUGUCGGAUCAACAGGGGAACAGCGUUGAACUGCGCUGCAACGUCACUCAUUCCGCGGACUCUCAGGAUGCAUCUCCUGCUCCAGAUCUCUCCCUUCCCUCCUCUUCACCUAUUGCCAUGGCUCUGUCAUUCUCUCUAGAAUGCCCCGUAGAGAGAGAGAGCUAUGACAGUCUGUGGAGGAUUCUGGCUUACUAUAGUGAAACUGCAGUGCACCUUGAGAGGGAACUCAUGCUGAAUAAACAUCCAAAGCUGGCCUACCGCUACAGGCAGACAGCAGAGACAGAGGGCUAUUAUAAUACGGGAGUCAAAGCCUCUAUUGCAACAGGACCACAUUGGUUAAUGCAGCCAGCUAUUGGUAUUCAACUGAACAGAGCACAGUCCAGCAGAGACACAGUCAGCCUCAUAUAUUCAACAAGAGUUUCUGCUCAUCCUGACCGCACGACAGAGCCUGCAACAUCUACCACUGUUUCUCACCCAUGGGUACUCAUUUUAACUAACCACACCACCACAACAAUAACAGCAACCACAGGCACUAGGCUGGAGCUCUCCUGCCCUCUUCGAAGUUCUAGUCAUCCCAAAGUGCAGUGGAUUCUGCCAGAUGGAUCCAAACUUAACUCCCCAUCCAGUAGUCAAGAUGGUAGAAUUCAGGUCUCGGACUCUGGGCUACUGUUACAGAAUGUUGAGCUCUCAAAUGCAGGGCUUUACUACUGUGUAGCGCAAAUUAACACGGAUUCAGAUGUCCUAGCACUGCGUCUGGCAGUAGAGGGGUCCUCUGCCCCACCAACAGGUGAGCAAGUCGCACCUUCUGUCACAGGGGGUAUAGGACAGCCUGUCGGCCUGUCCUGCAAGGCUUCUGGUUCACCAGAACCACACACAUUUUGGGUGUUACCAGAUGGGAAUAUAGCUAGGAAGGGAUCAGUUGUAUUAGGUGGAUUUAUUAUGCAAUCAAAUGGGAGUCUCUUUCUUCCUAACCCCUCACUGAGAGAUGCUGGUCAUUAUCGAUGUGUCGCCGUCAAUCAGUAUGGUAGUGCCUCGGUGUCCAUGAACCUCGAAAUAAACCGCAGGAAGACACCAUCAUUUGGAGACGCUCAAGGGGGGCCACAAUCAGCCUCUGGGCGAUCAACAAAGAUACGAGCACCGUUACUACGUCAACUAGAAGAAGGAUCGGGUGAUGAAGUAGAAGAAGAGAGAACCAAUACAGUCCACAGAAAAGAUCAUAUUCAUCUUCAGCAUUCUCCAAACAGAAAAAAUCAAGCCAGAAAACCCCUACGACGGGGGCCUUUGAGAGAAGGUCCUUUGAGGAGAGGAGAAAGGCCUCUAUCAUCUGAGCAGAGAAGAAAUCGUUACUCCAUAAACAAACAAAAAAUUGACCCACUGAAAUGGGCUGACCUACUGGCAAAGAUACGCCAAAAGACGACAGCCACAAAUAAUAGCGAGGACAUCAUAACAGAAAAUUCACAGAGAAGAGAUGACGACAGAGAAAGAUAUGGGGUUGGUGGGAACACAGGCGCCGAAGGAGCGAAUGGAUCAGAAAUGGAGGGCUCAUCCGUUGAUGAUGCUGUUCUGCGAGAAGAAAGUCUACAGCCUAUUUACCCCACUCACACAAUAGCAGUCACAAUGCAAGGAAAAACUGAGUCAAAAACAGGGACUGAAAGUGAAGAGUCCUCAGAAACACAGACACAUGAGAGCGAGACUGAGAAUGUGACACCAACCCAAACAACAACACAGACAGAACUCGCCAGCUCAAAGCCAACAUUCAGAACUAAUGAAAUUGGCCCAAAUGCAGCUAGUACAGAGGAGCAGGAAGCAAAGCCCACCUUUUCAAGAGUUAGACCUUCAAAACCACAGAAAGGACGAAUCCCCAAUUUAGUCCCACAUACACGGCCACAAAGCUCUUUGAACUCACGCAGAAGGAUUGGACAGCGGAGACGAGUCAACAGCAGGACAAGGGGGCGCCCUUUGACACCACGCCGGCCUCUAGCUGAUCCUGUCAACCUGCCAAAAACCGUGACGCUUGACACCGGAAUCACUCAAAUGGUGACAACAACCACAUCUCCAUCAACAAUACAUGAAAAUAUUGGAAAUAUCAAAACACUUUUUUCAACAUCAAAUGUCGAGAUUGGAAAUCUUCCAUCUCCUUCUGUUCCGACCACUUUCGAUAUCUCCAUUUCAACAUCUGACCUCCCUGAACUAACUUCUUCCUCCCCCACUUUAUUAGCCCCUUACGACAUGGAGACAAAUACAGAUGUGAUGACUCAUGCAGGCAACAAACCAGACAGUGCCAAAUCGACUGUCUUUAAAUCACAAACGCCAGCCACCACAGAUUCCUAUGAGGGCAACACAAACACACAAAAAACCUUGAGCCCUAAUGAUGAUGGGCCCUCAGGCGAAAAGGGUGAAGGGCUGGAAAAUAAUUUGGUGGACGUGAAUGAAUCUCAAUUCUCUACCCCUCUCCUGGCCACCCUCUCCACUGUUUCCUUGACAACAACCCCUUCAAUCAGUCUUCCAAAUCAUCCUGUCACUGCCUCUACUGGUGACAUAUCUGUUGCAGCUUUUGACGACACACUUACAUCAACUACAUUCAGGCCUUUGACUGCAAACCCAAUUCCAUUGACUUUACCUCCCACAAAUGCCCCCAUGUAUCAAAUUACUGAGAGUACUACUAGUUUCUUUAGGACGGACAAUGCAGAUGGAUCCAAAGAUAUUCCCUCAACUACUAUGCCUGCACUUUCUACUUUAGAAUCUCACACGACUACAUACACAAAAAGUGCCACUCCAGCCAAAAUUACCAAGACUGACACUACACCGCACACAUCUUCUACAUCUACUACCAUAACAACAACAGCAGCAGCAUCAAGCACUGCUGCGUCACCCGGAGAAAGGCCAAACAUGGGCCAGGUCAGCCCUAAAGGGAGGCCUGUGUCUGGUGCGCCACACCAGAGUCAACCCCCAACUGACUGGAGAAACCCUGGAGCUAAUUUCAUUCCUGAUUCACACAGCAGCAAGCCACAGUGGUCUCCAUCUCCACUUCCUGCCACCCCAAGGUCUCCAGCAUUAAGAUCCAGACCAAGGAUUGCAGACCCACAUUUCAGAACGGUGUCAUUCCCAGCAGGAAACGUGGCCAGGCUGACUUGUGAGGCUCAAGGAGAGCCGAAGCCCUCCAUCACAUGGACCAAGGUCGCCACAGGAGCGGUGAUGUCUGUUCAUUCCAGAACUCAACGUUUUGAGGUUUUGUCAAAUGGCACCCUCGUUAUCCUAAAUGUACAGCUACAAGACCGAGGCACAUACAUUUGCAGCGCUCACAGCUUCCUGGGUCGUGACAGGCUGCUAACCACCCUGGAAGUGUGGACACGCCCACCUCGAAUGCAGCUAGCUAGCUAUCGAGAAGUCACGAUCCAUCAGGGUGGGGAAGUCCACCUGGAGUGUCAGGCCAGCGGUGUUCCCACUCCUCUGCUCUCUUGGGUUCUUCCAGACCGUUCUGUCCUGACCCCCAUGGCUAAUUCCGGCAAUCGAAUCAGCAUGUACCAAAAUGGAACCCUCCAUAUUUCAUCAACAUUACCAAGUGAUCGCGGGGCAUAUCGCUGCGUGGCCGCCAACUCCGCCGGUGCCGCCAGUGCUUCGGUGCGCUUACACAUGUCCUCGCUGCCCCCGGUGAUACAGCAGCCAAGAGAGGAAAACCUGCUUUUGGCUCCUGGAGGACCUCUUUAUGCUCACUGCACUGCCAGAGGGGCCCCACCACCAACUUUGCGGUGGCGUACGCCAGACGGGUCGCUAGUUCGUCCAUCCCAGUUUCUCCAUGGCAACCUUUUUGUGUUGCCAAACGGGACCCUACAUAUUCGAAAGAUCGGGCCUAAGGAUGCUGGGAGUUAUGAGUGCACCUCUUUUAAUGCCGUUGGAACUGAUAAGAGGACUGUGAGAGUGGAAAUUAAAGAGGAGGCACAACAAGCAGAAGUGAUACUGGAUGCAAAAAAUAUGCCACUUUCAACCCCUGUUCUGAAAAACAAAUCUUCAUCCCAUCCUGGCUUCCAGUCAAACCCACUUGACUCUGCCCGAUUGACCCCUGUCGAUCCCAAAUCCCCAUCUUACCCUCAUCAGUCCACUUUUGCUGACUCGGCCUCUAAAAUCAAUAGAACAGUCAUCAUGUCUCCCUCACAGCUGAAUAACUUGACAAAACCAUCCACGGGCACACAUAACACCACGCUCACCUCACACACAUCUGACAAAGGCAAAGCCUCAGUGAUUUUACACUCUUUGCCUGUCCCUCCAUUCAGCAAAGCUCGAAUUGUCUCAACCUCGCCCCCGGUCACUGCUGUUUCCUACGGAGAGAAUCUCCAGCUCCACUGCUCUGUAACGGGUAACCCAACCCCUAUUAUCAUUUGGAGGACUCCGAGUAGAAAACUGGUGGAUAUGAAUUUCAGUUUCGACCGACGUCUGACGGUGCACCAAAAUGGCACGCUGUCCAUCCUGUCAGUGACAGAGCGGGACGUCGGAGACUACCUUUGCAUUGCACGCAACAAAGUCGCUGAUGAUUAUCGCCUCCUGCGUUUGUCAGUGCUUAUCAAGCCUGCGAGGAUUGAGCACAAACAACCUUUGAAUCGGAUGGUGUCAUUUGGAAAAGCACUGAAGGUGGACUGUUUAGCAUCAGGCUUACCAAACCCUGCAGUCAGCUGGAGUCUACCAGAUGGAACCAUGGUGAACAGUGUGUUGCAAGGGGAAGAAAGAGCAGGCCGGGGACGCAGGCUUAUCGUUUUUAAUAAUGGAACAUUGCUUGUUCCAGCUGUGGGGAGGGGAGAAGAAGGCGAGUACACCUGUUAUGCUGAGAAUCAAGGAGGUCAAGAUACCAUGAAGGUUCAUGUCAAGGUUAUGAUGACUUCUCCACCGACCUUCAAUGAUGACAAAAAUUACCAAGUAAUUAAAGUACGUCAGGGAUCUUCAGCGGUCAUUCGUUGCCAGGCCACUGGGGAUCCCCAACCAACAGUGACCUGGUUCUCCCCAGCACAUCGUGUCAUCCCACCCAGGUCUGGUGUUUACUCUGACCGAGUUGCAGUGACUUCUCCCGGAACUCUGGAUGUGCGUCAUGCUCAGAAGAUUGACGCGGGAAACUAUACAUGCCGAGCAAGGAAUUCAGCUGGGGAACGAAGCAUGGUAGUAGGCCUUGAAGUGGACGUUCCUAAUGGAAACAAUGGCUAUAGUGGUCGGACAAUCAUUGGAAUGAACAAACCCACUAAUAGUCUAGGUCCAGCCCCCAGGAGUGACAGUGAAAAUGGAUUCAAAAGGCCUACGAGUGGAAUUACAACCCAUCUUGGUCAAGUUGUCAGCAUCGGUGUGAACAGGGGUGGAAAUAUGGGCCCAAAAGUAAGUAACAGUGGAAUCGUGAAUAGAAACGCACAUGGAACUUUGAAUAGUAUCACGAUAAACGGUCACAGCUCAGUUAGAGAAGCAAGUGAUGCAAGCAAUCCCAGGGCAAGAAGCAAUGAAGUCGCAGCGAAAACGGCUAACGAUGGUCAAGCAAGUUGGGUCAGAGGCGACUCUGGAGUGACCAAUGACAAAAGCAGGAAUAGUGGUAGCACUAACAAACUAGUGGGUGUGGUAACAACUGGGAAGCAGCGUAUAAUGAAAGGCCAAACUAUUCUUUUGCCGUGUCCGUCUCAUGGAGCCCCUCCCUUAAACUGGUAUUUGCCUGGUAAUGGUGUACUCCCGGCCCCUUACUAUGGCAGCCGGCUCAUUGUGCACCGAAACGGCUCCCUGGAGCUGCGGGGUGCACGGGUGAGCGACAGUGGUACUUUUGUGUGCGUUGUGAGAGGCGACAAAGGAGACACAAGGAUUCAGGUCGAGCUGGAGGUCUCAGAGCCGCAGGAAGUGUCCCGUCCACUUUCGUCUGUGUCAUCUCGCUCAAGCGCCGCAAAAGUAGCCUCUCAAUCGGGGAGGCUAGUGCCUGAGGUGGCUCGUCCGCCGAUUCCUGUCUCUCCAAAACCACCGCAACUCGGGCCAUCCUUGAUUGAAUCCGCUGAUCCAGUAGGUCCUCCUUCACCCUCUCCCAUCUCUGCACCAGUUUUGAGACCUCAAACUGCUUCUCUGAUGAGCAUUACAAACGGAGAGACGCUUCGCCUACCCUGCUCUUCUUCUCAAGCACCCAAAGACACCCUAGGCUCCCUUUCCUGGACUUUUCCCAGCGGAAAGGUCGUGUCCAGGGGUGACAGUGGGGAGUCUGGCCGGUACUUAGUCCAAGAGGAUGGUACCCUGGUGAUCCAUCAGACAUCUGUGUUCGACCGGGGCACUUAUACCUGCAGGUCUACCAGUCCCGAUACUUCUUCGGUUUCAGUUGUCACAAUUCCCGUCAUCAUCAUAGCCUACCCCCCUCGCAUCACGACAGGACCCUCACCUGUGACCUACACACGUCCCGGUGUCGCAGUGGAGCUACCCUGCCUCACCAUAGCAACUCCCCGGGCGAUGGUUACCUGGGAAACACCAGACAUGACACAGCUGAGGGUGCUGGGCCAGGCUCGUAUCUAUGGUAACCAUUAUCUCAGUCCUCGAGGUUCUCUGGUGAUACAGAAACCGUCGAGUCGGGAUACAGGAUUUUACAGGUGCACAGCCAAAAAUGUUGUAGGGGUGGACACCAAGACGACAUACCUGCAUGUUAUAUAAUGAGGUAAAGAACAUGCACACGGCACCUCUGUUACUGACUUAAUUCGAUGUGUCCCUCAUGCCCAAAGGAACUGCAAAGCUUUGUUGAGAUACUGUUGAAUUUGAAGAUUUCUAUACAAUCACUUUCAGUCUUUUGUAUUAGUCUGUUCAAGAUUUUUGUUAAUACACACCCAGCCAUUUACUAUAUGUGCCUUGUCUUAAUGAUAUGACUAAAACUUGUUUCAAAAUGGUGCUCAAGUUACAAUAUUUCUGAUUUUAUGAUGUGCAACACGGUGGUUUUUUCUCUGUGAUUCGCAUACGAAUCAAUCUGCUUCUAUUUGGAAUCUUGCCUCUUGCAGGAUUAACGACAUUUAGCACAGUUUCUAACUCGGUAACUGACAAAUUUAACAAUGCUAAUGCUCAAACAUGAUGCUCGACUUGUCCAAAGUUCUAAAUGCUCUAAACAAAUAUGAAUGUGUGCUCCAAUUGCGAGACACAUUUAUAAUCGAAAACUGUUUUUCUCGGGGAUCGCUCAUCUCAGUUUGAUUUGGAGAGAUAAUGCUUGCCAGCAUCUUCUCAGAAUGAAUGCAGCAUUUACGGCAUUUAAAAUAUAUAUUUGACAGGCAAAGUGCAUCUUUGUCAUUAUUGUGAUGAUAAAAAAUUGUGCUAUUCCACAAAAGAAUAGCUCAUAGCAAUCUUCUUUUCAUGGAUUUUCAUUUUAAGUUAUUUAUCUUGUAUAGAGAUUUUGAGAGUUUCUUUUAUUAUUAUGACAGUGGCGGGGAAUCUACGGACUCAGAGCCAGAGAUGGCCGACUGGGGCAUUUGAUCUGACCUGCCAUGCAAUUUGAAAAAGAAACAAGAAUACAUUUCUAAUCAUAACCAUUCUCGCAUCGUGUAUUGUCAUACAUUUUGUACGGCCCCCAUAUGACUUCAAAGAAAUAAAAAAUAAACGUGAUGGGUAAAAUGAUUCCCACCCGUGCCUUAUGAGAAAAGGGAAAUUACACGUUUAAUCUGUCGAGCAAAAAGCAAGUCUGUUUUUAACAGCAUCCAUGUAUUAAUAAAAUGAAAAAGAAUA